GGGGAGCCCCUUCCGCACCGCAGCUAAAGCAUCAUCGCUGUGGCCAACUGAAAGGAAAGGGACAAGAGAAAUGCAGAGGGAUGUAAAAUGGCAGAGCUACAAAUGCUACUAGAGGAAGAAAUUCCGGCCGGCAAACGAGCGCUCGUGGAAAGCUAUCAAAAUCUGUCGAGGGUCGCAGAGUACUGCGAAAACAACUAUGUACAGGCCCAGGACAAGAGGAAGGCCCUGGAGGAGACCAAGGCAUACACCACCCAGUCCCUGGCCAGCGUGGCCUACCAGAUCAACGCCCUGGCCAACAACGUGCUGCAGCUGCUGGACAUCCAGGCCUCGCAGCUCCGACGCAUGGAGUCCUCCAUCAACCACAUCUCCCAGACCGUGGACAUCCACAAGGAGAAGGUUGCUAGGCGGGAGAUUGGCAUCCUGACCACCAAUAAGAACACGUCACGCACGCACAAGAUCAUCGCCCCCGGCAACAUGGAGCGUCCUGUGCGAUACAUCAGGAAGCCCAUCGACUACACACUGCUGGACGACGUGGGCCACGGUGUCAAGUGGCUUAAAGCCAAGCAGCAGGGAAACAGCCAGGCGGGCCGGGGGGCAGGGACCCUGUCCAGAACCAGCCCCCCCACACAGAAGCCCCCCAGCCCCCCGCUGGCAGGACGGGGCACCCUGGGGCGUAACACCCCCUACAAGACCCUGGAGCCGGUGAAGCCUCCUGUGGUUCCUAACGACUACAUGACCAGCCCUGCUCGCCUGGGCAGCCAGCACAGCCCCGCCCGCACUGCCUCCCUCAACCAGAGGCCACGCACACACAGUGGCAGCAGUGGGGGUAGUGGCGGCAGGGAGAACAGCGGAGGCAGCAACAACGUGGGUGUUCCUCUGGCCGUGCCCACCCCCUCCCCUCCCAGCCUGGGAGCAGCAGUGACAGCAGGUGUCCCCCAGGGUCCUGGUCUGGGUCCUGUCCCCAUGUCCCAGUUCGGCACCAUCUCCCGCCAAGUCUCCCGCCACAACUCCACCACAAGCUCCGCCUCCAUGGUUAGCGCCACGGGAACCUACCGCCGGGCGCCCUCCGGCUCCGCCCACUUCUCCGUCUCCCAGCAACCGCCGCACCUCAACGGAGGCCCCGCCUACCCCCAGAACACAGUGGCUGUAGCUCCUCCCCCUCCUAUGGUCCAGCUGACUCCACAGAUCCCCCUGACAGGCUUUGCAGCCAGAGUCCAGGAGACCAUAACAGACAGCCCGGGCCCCCCUCCCCCGCCCCCCCCGGAGGACGUGGCCCUGUUUGAGGAACCCUCGCCGCCCCCCCCUCCGCCCCCCGUGGACUACGAGGAGGACGAGGCGUCCGUGGUGCACUACAACGACCCCUACGCCGACUCCGACCCCCAGUGGGCGCCCAAGACCUACGUAGAGAAGGUGGUGGCCAUCUACGACUACUCCAAGGACAAGGAGGAUGAGCUGUCCUUCAUGGAGGGCGCCAUCAUCUACAUCAUCAAGAAGAACGAUGACGGCUGGUACGAGGGCGUGUGCCACGGCGUGACCGGCCUCUUCCCCGGGAACUACGUCGAGUCCAUCAUGCACUACGCCGACUAGCCCCGCCCCCGCUGACUAGCCCCGCCCCCGCCGACUAGCCCCGCCCCUGGUGACUAGCCCCUCCCCUGGUGACUAGCCCCUCCCCUGGUGACUAGCCCCGCUCCUGCUGACUAGCCCCUCCCCUGGUGACUAGCCCCUCCCCUGGUGACUAGCCCCGCUCCUGCUGACUAGCCCCUCCCCUGGUGACUAGCCCCUCCCCUGGUGACUAGCCCCUCCCCUGGUGACUAGCCCCGCUCCUGCUGACUAGCCCCUCCCCUGGUGACUAGCCCCUCCCCUGGUGACUAGCCCCGCCUCUGCCAUCAGCACUGUCAUCUCCAGCGGAGCGUAAACAUUUGAUGAGGCUGAGCUGGUCCUUAGGGGUGUGUGUGUGUGGGGGGGGAGUGAGGUGUGUGUGGGGGGGGGGGCGGGCGGGGGUAAUUAAGGAGUUAAAUGAGUAUAGAAUGCAUAUAAAAAGAUUUGAGAGUUGAAAUGUGUAUUCCUGGUGAAGCUUCCUGUUUUCGUUGUAUACAUUGUACAUACCGUGCCGUGACACGCUGCCUGACUGUCUGUCAUUGGUGUUCAUACCUGUCAGUCUCCAUCAGUGUCCUCUAAUUGGUCUGUUUUAAUCAACGUGGAGCCAUGAUUGAAUAGUUUUGCAACAUUUUCUUUUUAUAUACUAUCAUUUUAUUUAUAUAUUUUGGAGUGACAUUUUGUACUGCUCUAAGUUUGGCCAACUGUGACUCAAUGAGAGAUUUUACGAUGUUAAAAAGAAAUUCUAUAUUCUGUCAUGAUUGUUUUUCUGUGUUGUCUGCCCACUGGACUGCUUCUACCUGUACGGCAGCAGAUGAAGAGACUGAUGAUCCAUCACAGCGAUCUGUCGUUUGUCCUCUUGCUAUGGGGCAUAGCUGAACCUGGCCCGCUGCUGCCAUGACAACCUGGCCCGCUGCUGCCAUGACAACCCCCCCACCACCACUGCACGUUACCGUUGUUACAGUUCAAGCUCCGCCUCCUGUGUGGCGGCCUCGUCCUGGUGAAUGUAGCUCCGCCCCCUGCAGACCAUGUGACCUCUGUCCAGGAUCUCCCGCCGUGGUGGGUCUCCAUGACAACUCGGUACCACACCUGAAGGAGUCACAUUGUGUGUUCGUAGAGCGUCCUACAACGUAACACGACACAGUGCAUUGUGGGACCUGUUGUGGUUCUUGUCAGCGAAUCAGGUAGCGGGAGGGGCGGGGCUGCUCUACCUUGGACAACAACAACAAACAACAUGACUGCUCUGACGCUGAUACAGGGUGGGAUGUAUGAGGCUGUACGUGUGGUGUUGGAUGUAAGAUGUUGGAUGUAGGGGUUAGGUCACGAUCACAGACGGCUGACAGGACAGACCUGAACCUCACCAGGACAUAAGCCUGAAGAACUUCAUUCAUUCAGAGUGUUUUACUACUACUGCUGCACACACACACACACUGUCUGAACACACACACACACAACUUCCAACUAUCGAUUGUACUUUUUCAUCAAAGGUCUUUCUUUUUGGUGUGACAGAAAGAAAAGACAAACAAGUUUCCUAGCUUCUGGACUGUUCCAUGUGAGGAUCCAAACGAGGUUCCUCUCCGUGUACAGCUCCAAUGUUUAUAUGGUUUCCUAGCAACAUGGUUUCCUAGCAACGUGGGAGAACCACUCACAUGUAGAACGUUGUUGUUGUUGUUUACCUGCAGCGCCUCGCCGCUCCGUCUUUCCUUUCUGUUUCUUCUUCUGUGGAACGUGAAAGGUGAUGUGUACCUGUGUGGAGAGCAGAGCCCAGCUCCUCUCCAGGUGUGGAGGAGAGCAGAGCCCAGCUCCUCUCCAGGUGUGGAGGAGAGCAGAGCCCAGCUCCUCUCCAGGUGUGGAGGAGAGCAGAGCCCAGCUCCUCUCCAGGUGUGUACACACAACCAUGUGCUCAUUGAAAUGUAUGUACAGGCUUUUUUGUAAUAAACAGCUCGU